CCUUGCCCAUCCUCCUCUCCUCUCACCACGUCAAUUCGCCCGCGUCUCCAUUCCAACCCCCCUCACAAUGUCGCCCGUUUCUGUCUUCCGUGUCGCGACCCGCGCCGUCCGCCCUGCCAGCCUCUUCAGAGCUCCCCAAUUGCCCCGGUCCCGCCUGCAGACCCCGGUUGCUCUCGCUAUCAACCGUCCUGCCUUCAGCACCUCCUCCAAGCGUCUGGGUGGUCACCACGAGGAUGAGACAUAUGAGGAGUUCUCUGCCAGAUUCGAGAAGGAAUUCGACGGUGUCCAGGAUGUCUUCGAGCUCCAGCGCAACCUGAACAACUGCUUCGCCUACGAUCUCGUCCCUUCCGUUGAGGUCCUCUCCGCCGCUCUCAGGGCCGCUCGCCGCGUCAACGACUUCCCCACCGCUGUCCGUGUCUUCGAGGGUAUCAAGGCCAAGGUCGAGACCCAGGACCAGUACAAGCAAUACCUUGAGGCCCUUGAGGGUCUCCGCCAGGAGCUCGGCGUUGCUCUCCGUGAAGAGCUCUACCCCGGCGAGCAGUAAAUAAUCGACCAUAGUCUCGUCAUGCCAAAUCACUUUUUUUUGUCCCACUGUGCCAGUCGAUUAGAUAGGAAAGCUGUAUACAUACUCUAGAAUGCAGUUGGUGGAGGUGUCCCCCGUGUCUCUUUGAUGGGUUUGAUCUAUCCCUAUCUUCCGACCGGAGCCCUACUGUCGCGGGGUUUGAAUGGAGGUGCACACGUGCUUUUCUAUACCAGUGCUACUAUUACUAUAAAUCUUGUGAGCAUUUGAUUGUACUCUGUAUUAUUGGAGAUAGUGAAAAUUCAAGGGGUUGUUUUUGAUG